AUGGCCAGUGGAGAGAGAGUGCGACCACCUGCGCCGCCCCACUUACCAUCUGCCCCGCGGGGAGGGCCCCCCGGGGUGGCGGAGCCCUCCCUGCUCCCGGGCGGCUCUGGGGGAACUCGGUGUUUGCCUUCAGCCCUUCGCUACCGGAGAGAUCAGGUUCCUCCCCUCCUCCCCCUCCAGCUCCGGCCGCCGCCGCCGCCGCCGCCUCCUUCUUGCAUGACACAGCAGAACCGCAGCUGCCGCAGCAAGUCCCAACCAUCCGCCCAGGAAGCGCCGCAACCGGGACUCGGGAGGGGCGGAGGGGGAACCAGGCAGGGGCCACCGCCGAGGGGGAUGCUUGCCCCCGCUUUGCACCACACACUCUUUUCCCAGCCCAGGGGCAUGGGAACAAAAUCAGGCUCAAGCCGACCAGGCCAAGCCCGUGAGGAAAGCUGGGGGUUCGGCGUCAGAAGGGAUGGGACCAAAGAGAAGGGUGUGAAGGAGACCCCAGUUGAGGCAGGUCAUUGCAGGGGAAGAAGGGGAAGAAGAGGCCGAGAAGUCGAGGGCCAAACUGUGAAGGAGAAUAAAGGAGGUCAAAGAAAGGUCAUAUCGUCGUACCUCACUUCCUGACACAAACAAGUUUUUACUGUUGUCAGCAACAAAGUCCUAAUAUAGCUGCGGAAGAGAAAAACUGCAUUGCAUUUGGCUCCUGCAAGCAUCAUCAACACAGUUACCGGAGGAAUGUUGAUUCCAGAAAAGCUUUAAAGCUGGUAUGAUGGUAAUUAUGUAUCAAAUGCCUGAUUCUA